AGAUUGACACUACUGCACGCUGAUAUAGCUUGUAUCUUUCAGAACUGUUGCUCCUCCCGCGCACCAGCCAUCGAGCUGCCAUGGACGCCGACGUCCCGCUCCACCUGCUGCUGCUCGUGCCUCUCCUUGCCAUCAUACCCCUCAUUCUCUUCGCCUCAAGAAGAUUGACGCCGCCCGAGUCGUCCGGCGUCGCGCGGCUCCCGCCAGGGCCGUGGGCGCUGCCGGUGAUCGGCCACCUGCACCACCUCGCGGGCGCGAUCCCGCACCAAGCGUUGCGCGACCUGGCAUGGCGCCACGGCCCGCUGAUGCUGCUCCGGUUCGGCGAGGUGACGGCCGUGGUGGCCUCGUCCCCGGACGCGGCGCGCGAGAUCCUGAAGACCCACGACCCCGCCUUCGCGUCUCGGCCCGUCGGACCCAUGUCGCGCCUCUGGUUCCAGGGCUCCGAGGGCCUCGUCUUCGCGCCCUUCGGCGACGCGUGGCGCCAGCUCCGCAAGAUCUGCACCCAGGAGCUCCUCAGCGCCCGCCGCGUCCACUCCUUCCGCCCGGUCCGCCAGGACGAGCUCGGCCGCCUCCUCCGCGCCGUCGCCUCGUCCUCGCCAUCGCCGCCCGAGCGUCGCUCGGUGAACCUGACGGAGAUUAUCGCGGCAUACAUCGCGGACUCCACCGUGCGCGCCAUCAUCGGCAGCAGGCCGUUCAAGGGCCGCGACGCGUGCCUGAAGCUGUUCGAGGACAUGUUCCGUAUGAGGCCCGGGCUGAGCCUGCCGGACCUGUUUCCGUCAUCGCGCCUCGCGAUGCUCGUCAGCCGCGAGCCCGGCCGGAUCAAGCGCUGCCGCCGCGAGAUGCUGCAGAUCAUGGACGCCGUCAUCCAGGAGCACCGGGAGAGGAAAGCCGCCGGCGAAGGAGAAGCCGAAGGCGAAGACCUGGUCGACGUGCUCCUCGGACUCCAGGAAGAAGUGGGCUCCCAGCACCCGCUGACCACCGAGAACAUAAAAUUCGUUAUGAUUGACAUGUUCGCCGCGGGCAGCGAGACGGCAACGACGGCGCUGCAGUGGGUAAUGGCGGAGCUCAUGAGGAACCCGAGGGUUCGGCAUAAGGCGCAGGAGGAGGUCCGGCGGGCAAUGGCCGGCCACUGCAGGGUGACGGAGGACGGCCUCGGCAACCUCCACUACCUGCACAUGGUCGUCAAGGAGUCUCUCCGGCUGCACGUGCCGGGCCCGCUGCUGACGCUACGCCAGUGCCGGAGCCCAUGCCAGGUGCUCGGGUACGACGUGCCCGCGGGCGCCACGGUGUUCGUGAACUCGUGGGCGAUCGCCAGGGACCCCGCGCACUGGGACGCGCCGGAGGAGUUUCUGCCGGAGAGGUUUGACCAGGAGCAAGGCGGCGCCGGGAGGGACUUCAAGGGCACAGACUUCGAGUUCAUACCAUUCGGAGCAGGGCGGAGGAUGUGCCCGGGGAUGACGUUUGGGCUGGCGCACAUCGAGCUCGCGCUCGCCGCGCUGCUGUUCCACUUCGACCUGGAGCUGCCUGCAGGCGUGGACGCGGCUGGGUUGGACAUGACAGAGGAGGCUGGCAUCACCACGCGGAGGAGGUCCGAGCUUCUCGUGGUGGCCACCACUCUUGUUCCUGUACCAGAGUAGAUAUCAGUGAUCACUACUAUGCCAGCAAUAACGACGAGUAAACAAGGAGAUCUAUAUAGGCAUACAAAGUAAAAAAUCAUCGGGUGAAAUUGCUUCGUGGUUGCUAGCCUUAAAAAAACGUUUUUGCUAAAAUAAAAUUCGAAAUAAAGGGAAAAGAAUUGUCUCAUA